AUGGAAAGGGAUGUUGCCUCCUCCAUGUUAGCAUCCACGUGCACAUCUCCACUCUCACUGGACGUAGACAUUGGCCAAUCACAUGAACACAUACAACACGGAAUAGGAAAGCCAAAGAAGCAAGCACCAGAUCAUGGAACUGUGGCUUCUCCAUUGUUUUGCCAUCAUGGGUCUAAGAAAGAAUUAGUAAAAAAAGGGGCUUUUCGGCCGCUAUGCUUAAAGCAUCGGAUGGUUUGUAAUUCUUUUCCCAAUACCAAAGUGACUACUGUGAUUACAAUUAUCCAAGAGUUGAUGGUAUUUCAUGCUGCAGUGACGAUAAUGCAUGACAGCAAAAUAGGAUAUUUAAUCAGUCAAAAAAGCCAAAAAAAGUUAAAAUUAAACAUUUAUUUGGAUGAAUUGGAGAUUCACAAUUUGACGGCCAGUCGGUCACUUUUGUUUGAUCAAUACAAAAAAUCAGUACAAUAUUUACCAUUUUUGUGUUUCACCAAGAGGGAUAUUUGGGCAAAAAAAUGUCUUUUUUUUCGGUGUAAUUUCGCUUUGCCUGUUUUACACGCACACUCUUCAACCUCGGAUAGCGUGGAUGACAUCGCCAUGUCAAAAUUUGAUGUAUGA